AUGCCGAAACGUAUCGCGUGGAGAGACACCGCGCUCCACGUCGACGAAGCCGAGGCCGCGGUACUAGAUGAACUAAAAGCCUUCGAUAUCACUAAGAAUAACACACUCACGUGCAGGGUGUGCGUUGACUCCGAGCACAAAAUGCGUUACCGUCUUCUCGAGUGCAGCUCGGAGACAUGCGCUGAGGCUAGCGAACAUUAA